ACAUUGAAGAAGUAAAUCAAAGAAAUGGCUUGUUCCCGAUCAUACAAAGACACGGAUAUCGUAAUUGUUAGUGCGGUAAGGACUCCAGUAGGAUCACUCAAUGGUGACCUUAGUUCGCUACAAGGACAUGAAUUAGGGACGCUAGUGAUAAAGGAAGUGUUAUCACGGUCAGGGGUGUCCCCUUGUGACGUGUCAGAGGUGAUAUUGGGGCAGGUUUAUACUGCAGGUCAAGGUCAAGGACCUGCAAGGCAAGCAGCAAUGAAUGCUGGGAUACCUCCAACAGUGCCGGCAUAUGGUGUAAACAUGUUGUGUGGCUCUGGAUUAAAAGCUGUUGCCCUUGGUUACCAAGCUAUAGCAACAGGAGACUCUUCAGUUGUUGUUGCCGGGGGACAAGAAAGCAUGAGUCAGGCACCUCACUGUUGUCAUAUGAGGUCACCAGUGAAGUUUGGUGAUGUAACACUAGUAGAUACUAUGCUAAAAGACGGCUUGAUUGAUGCCUUUCAUAAAUAUCACAUGGGAAUUACAGCUGAGAAUGUUGCCAAGCAAUGGGGAAUUUCCAGGCAUGAACAAGAUAAAUUUUCAUUCACAUCACAACAGCGUACAGAGGCAGCUCAGAAGGCUGGCUAUUUCAAAGAUGAGAUUAUUUCUGUGCAAGUGAAGUCCAGAAAAGCAACAACAGAAGUAACAGAAGACCAGUUUCCCAGGCACGGCACAACAUUAGACGGACUUUCACAACUCAAGUCCUGCUUUCUCCAGGAUGGCACAGGUACCGUCACGGCAGGCAAUGCUUCUGGAAUCAACGAUGGUGCUGCUGUUGUUAUGCUCAUGUCUUUUGCCGAGGCAUGUCGAAGAAGUGUCAAACCCAUUGCACGUAUCAUCUCAUGGGCUCAGGCUGGGGUUGAACCUUCAGUCAUGGGAACUGGUCCCAUCCCAGCAACUAGAAAAGCAUUGUCCAAAGCUGGUUGGCAAGUGAAAGAUGUCGAUUUGUUUGAGUUGAAUGAAGCGUUUGCAUCUCAGUCUUGUGCUGUGGUGAAGGAACUCAAUCUUGAUCCUUCCAAGGUUAACAUCAGUGGUGGAGCGAUUGCAUUAGGACAUCCUAUAGGUGCUUCGGGAAGUAGAAUUCUAGUGACAUUGCUACACAACCUUAAACGAACAUCGCAACAAAAGGGUGUGGCAGCACUAUGUAUCGGAGGAGGGAUGGGAAUAGCUAUGUGCGUAGAGACCCUAAAUUGAAAAUGGAACUCAAAGAAUAGGUUGGGUCAGAAUAGUUUAGUAUAGGUUAUUUUAGUGCUAUAGCAAUAGGUUUCAGUUUUUUGUUUUACUGGGAUUGGAUUAGGUGGGUAGCCAGCCAAUCCUGAGCUACAUACCAGUACUAGCUUUCACAGCAACAGCCACCCUGUCUUCAAAUUGUCCUGGAUCUGCCAUGACUAUAGUCUUGUAAUGAAAAUUGUCAGAUUUUUGCUUGCAAAGGCAGCUUGUUAGAGAAAACACUGCACUGUGUUUAUAUGAGUGACAUGCAUGUUGUGGAAAACAAGACAAGACAAAAAUAUAUCGGUACCGUCACAAUAAAAUAUAAAAGAAACUAGAGUGCAAAUAAUGUACCCGUUAUAUAGUUAGGAUGAAAUAGGAGAUAAAUAGCGCUUAAUUAGACAAGAAAUAGGAAUUCAGUGAGGCAUGACAAGGGCACAGGCGUUUACUAGAGUGACAACUCAAUACGCAAAUGAAUAAAUACGAAAAUGCAAACAUGUCAAACUAUUAUACGAAGGAAGAGCAUGUACAAUAAAAUAUUGUUUCAGUUUU